AUGGCAGAUGGCCCUCCUAAGCCAGUCCAGAUUGUGUACUUGCAUAAAGAAGACCACACGUUUGAGCUAGAUACUGAGGCCCUGGAGAGGGUGCUGCUGCAGAAUGGCAUCCGAGACCUGGACGUGGCUGUAGUCUCUAUAGCAGGGGCUCUGAGAAAGGGCAAGUCCUUCUUACUUGAUUUUAUGUUACGCUACAUGUCUCGAGAUAAAGAAGCCGAUCUGUGGCUUGGAAGUGAAGACGAACCCCUCACUGGAUUCUCCUGGCGGGGAGGUUCUGAGCCUGACACCAACGGCAUUCAGAUCUGGAGCGAGGUCUUUGUUGUGAAAAAACCUGGUGGUAAAAAGAUAGCUGUGGUGCUGAUGGACACUCAAGGGGCCUUUGAUAGCCAUUCAACUGUUAAAGACUAUGCCACCAUAUUUGCUCUCAGCACCAUGACCAGCUCCAUUCAGAUAUAUAACCUUUCACAAAACAUUCAAGAGAAUGCCCUUCAGCAGCUACAACUGUUCACAGAGUAUGGGCGCCUUGCCAUGGAUGAGUGCUACGUCAGGCCGUUCCAGUCUCUUAUGUUUCUAGUGCGAGACUGGAGCUGCCCGUACGAAUACGACUACGGCUUAAGAGGCGGCAUGCAAUUCCUAGAAACACGGCUCAAGGUCAAGGAGCAACAGCACGAAGAAAUCCAAAACGUGCGCAAGCAUAUACACUCCUGCUUCUCCACUGUCAGCUGUUUCCUUUUACCACAUCCUGGCCUGAAGGUGGCCACCAGCCAGCAUUUCCGGGGACAGCUUUGUGACAUUGCAGAGGAGUUUAAAAAUCAGCUGAAGAUCCUGGUGCCUUUGCUGCUGAAGCCGGAAAAUCUGAUUGAGAAAGAAAUCAAUGGUUCUAAAGUUACGUGCCAAGGUUUGUUAGAAUAUUUUAAAGCCUACAUCAAAAUAUACCAAGGCGAGGACUUGCCACACCCAAAAUCCAUGCUUCAGGCCACAGCAGAGGCCAACAAUUUGGCUGCAGUGGCCUCUGCCAAAGAUCUUUACUACAAAUCCAUGGUGCAGAUGUGUGGAGGGGAUCAUCCCUACGUGUCUCCUCAGAUUCUAGAAGAAGUGCACAUCCAGUUUGUGCAGAAGUCGAUGGAGCACUUCCAUUUCAUUAAAAAGAUGGGGGGCAGAGACUUCAGCCUGCGCUACCAGAACCAGCUUGAGCAUCAGCUAGCAGAACUGUAUGAGAACUUUCUGAAGCACAACCAAGGGAAGAACAUCUUCAGCACCUUCACCACGCCAGCAGUCCUCUUUGUCCUUGUCACGGUGCUCUAUUUGCUGUCCAGUUUAUCUGGUUUAUUGGGGGUGUCACUGCUGGCUCAGUUAUGUAACUUCUUCAUUGGGAUUGUUGUUAUCACCCUCUUCAUAUGGACCUACAUCCUCUACAUCGGAGAGUAUCAGAAUCUGGGAGCUUUCAUUGACCACGGAGCCAACUUUUUAUUAAAGCAGGCGACGUCUAGGAUGAAUGCCAUAAAGACGAUAAGACGUCAGCCGCGAUAUGGCCUAUCAUACAGGAGGGGUCCAUUUUAG